AUGGCUUUUGCCUCGAACCUUGUAAAUGACGUGACAAACGUCAAAGGCGGCCGUAAGGAAUGGCCGAAUCAGUUCCAGUUCAUGUGCGCAAAUAUCGCCUUUGCCGUUGGACUUGGCAACAUUUGGCGAUUUCCUGGGGCGUACACGAAAUUUCAUCCGGGAUUUCUCGGAGUUGGACUGGCUAUGGUGGCGGUUUCGGCAUUCGUGGCGCUGUAUUAUAAUGUCAUCGUGGCUUGGGCGUUUUAUUACUUCUUGAGUUCGUUUCAGAACCCGCUGCCCUGGAAAGCAUGCCCCGUCGUCAACACCACUGUUUCCUGCGACGGCGGAAAAGACAGCGGCCUCGGAGUCUGCGUCACCGCUGCCGCCUCUGCCAUCGCCGAUGCUGUCCCCCGCGCGCCCUGGGAUCAGACCUGGUCGAAUAUUCCCUGGCCCGUUGAAGAAUGCACUCUUGCUGGAACACAAGUUUACUACUGGUACAGAGACACGCUCAACGUCACGGCUGAUUACGUCCCGAUGGAGGGUUGA